GUGGAGGCUAGGCUGGUCUCCUUCCUGGAAUGGGCCAGGAGGGAGGAGCAAGCGGAAGGAAGGAAGCCUGUGUGCAGCUAGCUGGCCCACCAGUCCAGGACACAACCUCUCCCAGUGGCCAGUUUGGACUCCCUGGGACUAGCCACAGCUGGGCAUGGCAGAAUCUGCACAGGUGCCAACACUGGUAUACCUAGUCACAGGUGGCUGUGGCUUCCUGGGGGAGCAUAUUGUUCGAAUGCUGCUGGAACGGGAGCCCAGGCUCCGGGAGCUGCGUGUCUUUGACCUGCACCUGAGUCCCUGGCUAGAGGAGCUGCAAACAGGGCCUGUGCAGGUGACUGCCAUCCAAGGGGAUGUGACUCAAGCCCACCAGGUGACAGCUGCCGUGGCGGGAUCUCACGUGGUCAUCCACACAGCUGGGCUGGUGGAUGUGUUUGGGAAGGCCAGUCCAAAGACCAUCCACCAAGUGAACGUGCAGGGCACACAGAAUGUGAUUGAGGCUUGUAUACGGACUGGAACUCAGUUCCUGAUCUACACAAGCAGCAUGGAAGUUGUGGGGCCUAAUGUCAAGGGCCACCCCUUCUACAGGGGCAAUGAAGACACCCCAUAUGAGGCAGUCCACAGGCACCCCUAUCCUUGCAGCAAAGCGCUUGCUGAGCAGCUGGUCCUGGAGGCCAAUGGGAGGAAGGUCAACGGAGGGCUACCCCUAGUGACAUGUGCCCUUCGACCCACGGGCAUCUAUGGUGAAGGUCAUCAGAUCAUGAGAGACUUCUACAACCAGGGCCUACGUUUUGGGGGUCGGCUGUUUCGGGCCAUCCCAGCUUCUGUGGAGCACGGUCGGGUGUAUGUUGGCAAUGUGGCUUGGAUGCACGUGCUGGUGGCCCGAGAGCUGGAGCAGCGGGCGGCACUCAUGGGGGGCCAGGUGUACUUCUGCUAUGACAAAUCACCUUAUAAGAGCUAUGAGGACUUCAACAUGGAGUUUCUGGGUCCCUGUGGACUUCGACUGAUAGGCACCCACCCACUGCUGCCCUACUGGCUGCUGGUGCUGCUGGCUACCCUCAAUGCCCUGCUGCAGUGGCUGCUCCGCCCACUGGUGCUGUACACACCCCUGCUGAAUCCCUACACUCUGGCCAUGGCCAACACCACCUUUACUGUCAGUACCAACAAGGCACAGCGCCAUUUUGGCUACAAGCCCCUCUUCUCAUGGGAAGAGAGCAAGGCCCGCACUAUUCUCUGGGUGCAGACCUUGGAGGGUUCAGCCCGGUGAUGGCAGGGCCAGGGACUGGAGGCCACUGUGGUACAUACUCAGGUCCUGAGCCUUCAGAGCCUGGAGGGAGAGACAUGGCUGCCCUCUGACGUGGGAGCUGUGGUGUCUGACUGGGCGGUAUGGACCCUGCCAUUUUACCUACACAGAUCUGAGCCUGGCUGGUAUUCCAGCCUCCAAGUUCUAGGACAGGGUUUGGGAACAGGCCUGUCUUUGGUCCCAACUCACGCAUGCCAGCUGGUCGGCAAAAUUGAUUCCUAAAUGGUCUCAUGACCCCUUCACAUCUCCAGUUUCUCAAGCAGGAAGGGGAAAAGAUCCCAGAGAACUCAUGCUGGUUGGCUUACUCUAGAUGCCAUCUUCAGACCUGGCUUCUGCUACAUCUGGCUCUCCUUAAGGGGUUAUAAUUCCAUGACUUUCUUAAGUGUAUCUCUUUUAGAUAUUUAUGUUUUAAUUUGCUUUAAAGAAAGCUGAAGAAAUCAGUGAUUUUCCAUGUCUUGCCUCUCCAAAUUCAGUUCCUGUGAUAUUGUUAGCUUUUGGCCAAGAAUGUCAACCAUGCUGUAUCUGGCCAAGUCUGGAUUAAAAUCCGUUUCCAAGUCUGUUU